AUGGGGGUCCCCAAUCCCCGGGGGAGGUCCUGGGAGGUUUUGGGGGGUCCCCAGUCCCACAGGCCCUGGGGGGUUUUUGGGGUGUCCUGGGAUUUUUGGGGUCCCAGUGGUUUUUGGGGGUCCCGGGGGUGUCCCAGAGUUUUGGGGUCCCCAAUUCUGAGGGGUUUUGGGGUCCCCACCUGGGGGGAACCCAGGGGUUUUUGGGGUCCCAGGAAGUUUUUGGGGUCUCCCGGGGUUUUGAGGGUCCCGGGAUUUCGGGGUGUCCUGGGAUUUUGGGGUCCCCAUCGAGAGGGGUCUCAGUGGUUUUUGGGGUGUCCCAGAGUUUUGGGGUCCCCAGUCCUGGGGGAUUUUGGGGUUCCCAUUUGGAAGGGUCCCGGAAUUUUUGGGGUCCCAGCGUUUUUUGGGGUGUCCCGGGAUUUUGUAGUGUCCUGGGGAGUUUUGGGGGUCCUGAUUCAAGGGAGCCCCUGGGGGUUUUGGGGGUGUCCCGGGGUUUUGGGGUUCCCAAUCCCAGGGGAUUUUGGGGUCCCCAUCCAGGAGGGUCCCAAGGUUUUUGGGGUCCCAGAUAGUUUUUGGGUGUCCUGGGGGUUUUGGGGUGUCCUGGGCUUUUGGGGUCCCCAUCAGGAGGUCUCCCAGAGUUUGGGGGUCCCAGUGGGUUUUGGGUUCCCAGUGGUUUUGGGGUCCCCAUCAUGGGAUGUCCGGGGUUUUUGGGGUGUCCCAGGGAGUUUUGUAGUGUCUCGUGGUUUUUGGGGUCCCGGGGUUUUGGGGUCCCCAUCAGGAGGUGUCCCAAGGUUUUGGGGUCCUGGGGUUUGGGGUUCCCAGGUCUUGGGGUCACAGUGGUUUUGGGGUGUCUGGGGGUUUUGGGGUCCCAGCAGUUUUGGGGUCCAGUGGUUUUUGGGGAUCCAGUGGGUUUUGGGAUCCUGAGGUUUUUGGGGUUUUGUGGUUUUGG